GAAGCCAAAAGUGGUGAGUUUCUAGCCAAAUCAUUUUCGUUACCAGCUGGCAAGCCAGUACCAUCCGGUCGUCGCGAGAGCAUUCUCAAAACGUUCAAGAAAUCUGUACGUAGAGGAUUUGCGGGUAGUUUGAGGAGGUUGGAAUCGUAUGCUGGGAGAGUGGCAAAACCAGCAAAUAAGUAUAUCCGAUGGAAUUUGCUAUUCACAUUUCUAAUCUUCUUUUUUAUUUCAUCAUCUGUUUGGAUUCCAGCCAUUCCUAGUUUGAACGAUUUUGCACUGGAAAUCGUCACCAUUGUAUGCAUAAUUCUCCAUUUUUUGUGGAUGGUUGCCGUUUUCAAUGCUCUUCGGUACACAUGGCGUUUAAGGCGGUUUGCCUCACACAAAAUCGAUCUCAGCAAGGGUAGUAAUCCGGACGGUAUACUGAUAAAACACUUGGUCGGAAUCUGUAUUUACAAAGAACCACUGCAACUCAUUAUGGACACGGUAGACAGCAUUGCAUCUCAACCGGAUGCAAAAUCGAAAAUCACCUGCUUGGUCGGGAUGGAGGGCGGUACUCCUGACAAGGAAGAGAAAAAACGACUAUUACAUGAAAAAUAUGAAGCUCAAUUCGAUCGUUUCAUCGUUACUUUCCACCCGAAGGGACUUCCUGGCGAUAUUCCCGGGAAAUGUUCGAAUUUCAAUUACGCAUCUCGUCAGGCUGUUAAACAACUCAGGCUUGAUAAGAAUUAUCCACUGGAUAAACCGGAUCGUAAAGUUGAACUCCUUGUGACAACUGGUGACUGUGAUUCAAUUUUCGGAGAACGAUAUUUUGACGCUUUGGAAGAAGAUUACUUGAAGCUCACCGAAGAGCAACGUCAGUACACCGUAUGGCAGUCUCCACUGUUUUACUGUAUCAAUCUCCACAAGUCGCCAUUCUUUGUCAGGGUUACUGGAUUACUCAGGGCAUUCUUCAUGAUGGGAUAUCUGAUACCGUGGAAUAUAAAUACAAUGAGUAUUUUCUCUCUGACCCUUAAACUUAUGGAAAAUGGCGAUUACACUCAUCCAGGAUAUCAGAUGGAUGACAUCAUCGCUCUAAUCAGAUGGUCCCUAUCAGUAAGAAGGAAAUGUGUGAUUCGAGCAAUUCCAGUGGCCACCCUUAGCGGACCUACAAGUGGCAAAAACUAUAUCGAUGAAUGGUACGAAUGGGCCCGUCAAAUCAGACGAUGGACGAUCGGAGCUGCAGAGGUGUUCCAUUACUUCGUGAUCAAAUUUUUCCAACUUCCGGUGAUGGUAUCGCUUUCGUUCUCAGCCAAAUUUGUUUUCUACUAUGGAUUUCUUUUAUGCAUCGCUUCUGUCUACACUAUUGUGGCUCCUUUAGUGACGCCUGCGAUGCUGUCAGCCGUCAAUCACGGGGUAUGGGGUCUGGUCAUACCGUCACAGGACGUUUUUACAUGGAUAAUGCUAGGAUUUCUUGGACUGCAAUACUUUUGGUUCCUUUGUGUAUUUCUCGUCAAUUAUUUAUGCCAACCAGUAUUUCCCAGAGGGACCAAAGAUGAAACAGGCAUUAUCCGAAACAUUUUCCAUCUGGUAAUGACAUGGCCGACCAUUACCAUGUACUGCAUCGUGGAAUUAGUAGCAUUUCUUGAGGUAACAGUACGAGGGAAGUCUGUCUGCUCUCACAACGCCUCCAAAAAAGACAAUCUAGUUGCACCAGUUACAACCAUACCCGACCGGAUGGAAGUUUAA